UCUAGGUUUAGGUAUACCACGAGUCUGCCACGCGCUCCUGUACAAUAGUUAAUCCUGUCCAUCCACGUGUAAACCAUCCAACGGUCAUCGUCCUCUCCUGUCCGGUUCUUAAUCUACUAGACUUAUUGCCUUUUCAUUUUCCUUGCAUUUCUCUACAAACUUCUCAUCUUCAAUUUCUCUAGAAUUUCUCUAUACAAUCAACAUAAUCAUCAUCAUGCUUCUCAACAUCUCUCCUGCGUUUACGUUGUCGAAAACCCAUGUGGAAAUUCCGAGUCCCCUGUUGAAUUUUUCUGCAAAAAGUGGGAAUGGAUUUGUUGUAUGUGCUUCAAAGGGCUCGAAUAGCAAGCCCUUAACGGGUGUUGUUUUCGAGCCCUUUGAAGAGGUGAAGAAAGAGCUUAUGCUUGUGCCUACUGGUCCUCAAAAAUCUCUCGCUAGACAAAAGUAUACUGAUCAAUCUGAAGCUGCUAUUAAUGAACAAAUCAAUGUGGAAUACAAUGUUUCAUAUGUUUACCAUGCAAUGUAUGCCUAUUUCGACAGAGACAAUGUUGCUCUCAGGGGGCUUGCCAAGUUUUUCAAGGAAUCCAGUGAAGAGGAAAGGGAGCAUGCUGAAAAGUUCAUGGAGUAUCAGAACAAGCGUGGUGGGAAAGUGAAGCUGCAGUCUAUUUUGAUGCCACUAUCUGAGUUUGAUCAUGCUGAGAAGGGGGAUGCAUUGUAUGCAAUGGAGCUUGUACUUUCUUUGGAGAAGUUGACAAAUGAAAAGCUUCUAAACUUGCAUGCUGUAGCCAUACAAAACAACGAUGCACAGUUGGCUGAUUUUGUUGAAACCGAGUACUUGCAAGAACAGGUGGAAGCAAUCAAGAGGAUCUCGGAAUAUGUGGCUCAGCUGAGAAGAGUGGGCAAAGGACAUGGUGUCUGGCACUUUGAUCAAAUGCUCUUGCAUGAGGAGGAAGCUCUUGCAUGAUGGAGAAGAUAAGACUUUCAACUUUCGACAAGUACAAUGUCCUUUUGGGUGAUGUUUUCAGGGUAUAUUUUGGUAUUAGCUUUUCCUAUGAAAUAAUAUAAGAUGUUUUAGCAGAGUAGAGAGUCACGGAGUUUUGUACAUAUAAGACCAAAUCGAUGUAGUUAUCUGUGCUGCUAUUACUCUUUUAAGUACCUUCCUGGUGUUCAAAUCAGUUCAAUUUGCCUUAUGGUUUUGCUAGUUGUAACUUGGAAUUGAAGCGCCCUAGUGAACUCAAAAUGUAAAGUGAAAUUGUAAGUUUUGUUUUCGUUGGAUGCUGGCUCAUUCGGAGAAAGAAUAAAUGAUUGGAAUUGAGCUGAA